GGAGACAAAUACAAGAGGACCUUCUCGGCUCAUGGAGUUUGGAAGAAGUUGCAGAAAGCUACAGCUCUUUCUGCAUGUAUCAAAAGCAUAUGUCAAUGGGCAAAGAGAAGGGAGGAUAGUAGAAAAACCAUUCAAAGGGCUAGAAGAUGCUCCAGCUUUGAACAUUCUAAAUGAAAUUGAAUUAGCCAAAAUAAGUCUGAAUUUUCAUCAAACCAGAAUGUCAGAUUCCAAAAGCUCUAAAGCUAAAAAUGAGGAUGGCAUUUCUCAAACAAUGAAAGACAUGGCUUUGGAAAGGGCAAGAACAUAUGGAUGGAAUGAUGUUUAUGUGUUUAGCAAGGCAAUGGGAGAAAUGUUUUUAGACCAGAACAGAGGAGAAAUCCCAUCGGCUAUUGUUAGACCUAGUGUGAUUGAAGGAACCUACAGUGAUCCAUUUCCUGGAUGGAUAGAAGGCCUUCGAAUGGUAGAUCCAAUAAUUGCUACUAUUCAAAAGGCCAGCUCUCUGCCCUAAUUUGUGAUCCAAAUGUGACACUUGAUAUAGUCCCAGUAGAUAUGGUUGCAAACGCAAUACUUGCAGUAAUGGCAAAGCAUGCUGGCAAAUCUGGCCUGGAGGUUUAUCAAAUGGCGUCUUCUCUUGCAAACCCAAUAUUUAAAGGAGAGCUUUUUGGGAUGUUUCAUCAGUAUUUCAAAGCCCAUCCUUAUGUUGAUGUUAGGGGCAAACCAAUAAAAGUAAAGGAUUCUCUCAAGCUAUUUGCCAACAUGGAAGAUCUUUCUUCUCAUGCUUUAAACAUGUCAUUAAAUGCAAAUGGGCACUCUUUUGGUCAAAUGGAAAAGCAAGAGCGCAUAGCUAUGAAGUUAGGAGCCCGUGUGAAUAAACAUGUAGGCAGAGUAUACCAGUCAUAUCUUACUUGCAGAGCCAGAUUUGACAACUCAAACACAAAUAAGUUAUUCCAAGAACUCUCCCAAGAAGUAAAGGAAAUAUUUGGGUUCGAGCAGAACAUUGUUUAAGACGAUGAAGGGUG